UGGAAAGCGUGUCUCGCAACAGUCUGCAUCAAUCCGCAAUCUGUUCACACGUUUCAACAUUCAUUCAUUCAAUAAUCCAUCCAGUUGAUUGGCCUGAGCGUGUAUUGGAUGCGAGUUCCGAUUGCCGAUUGCCGAUGUCAAACUGCCAGCAAGAAUAGCAACAAAGGGCUGACGACUCCCAACUCCCAAAAAGCUGACUAAUUACCACUCAAACAACUCAGAUAACAACAACAACAUGACGUCACGGAAGCGAAGCGGCAGUGGAUCAACGAAACGCCCCAAGGAAAAGGUUGUUUAUAUAUAUGAGCUGCUGUGCCGCGGCGAGGAUCCCAGCGCCGAUAGCCCAGAGUUUUGGAAUGAAUUCUUCUUGCUGCAGCCCAAUUUUGAAUCACUCGAGGAUCAGAUCAGCAAACUGAACAGCGAACAAGUUCAAUUGGUGAAGCCGAACUUGAACACCCUAUUCCAGAAAUGCAUCGAAAUGCUGGACACAGCCAAGGAGGAUCAUCCGAAGCGUUUGUGCAACAGCUUGCAGACAUUAUGUUCGCUAUUUUAUGGCAUAUUCAAGAAGUGCAGCACGGACGCCAGCUUAAGCCUACUGAACGAGAUAUUUGGCCACGAGGCAAUGGACGAUUGGCUGAAACUGCUGAUGAAGCACUGCAAUUGCAUUCUGCUGGGCGAUGUCACCGAAAAUGCCCGGUUCAUGUGCCUGAAACUGUUGCUGGUGCUGGUGACGGGCGCAGAUGUGGGGCAGAAUAUGCUUUUCGAGUACCUGAUGAUGCACAGCCUGUUCGAUGCCUUUGUGCGUCUUCUCAGCGAUCCCACAUUUCGGGCACAGCAUGGACACGAUAUCGUCAUACUGCUGACCAUUCUGGUCAACUAUCGCAAGCACGAGGCCACCAAUCCCUACGUGGUGCAGCUCUCCAUUCUCGCCGACGAGCUGGCCUUGAAUGGUUAUGGUCAAAUGAUAUCGCAGUCGCUGAUUGAUUUUUGCCGCCAGUACAUGCAGAGUUUGAACAAUGUGCAAUCGUCGUCGUGGUUCUCCUCGCUUUCGAAUAUGGUUGGCAACAUGUUCGUCUCGGAUGAGGGCUGCGAGCGUGUCCAACAGAUUAAGGCCAACAAUGGCCUGCUGCUGGCCCUCUAUGAGGCAGUGCAUCUGAAUCGCAAUUUCAUUACGACGCUGGCGCACACCCAGGCGGAGUCGAGUGCACCGCCCUCGCCCAGCAACACUUUGAGUCUGACACAACCGGUGCCUGAUCUGGCCAAUGCGCCAAUCAUCGACAUGACCCAGUAUCCCACAAAUCUGCUCGUGGCCGUCUUUCAAUAUUGUUCGAUUGUCAUGCAGGAUAAUAAGAAUGAAUCGAGCAUUGCCAAUUUGAAGCUGUGCUUCCUGAUACUCACCUGCAUAUCGGAGGAUCAGUAUGCCAACUCAAUGAUGCAUGACAACAAUUUGACGUUCAAGGUGAUGCUGCAUCGUGCCCAGAUGCGCCAUCGCAAACUCAACGUGGAUCGGGUGGGCAAAUCGCAGCCAUUGGCUGCCACUUUACUUGAUCUGCUCGUGGAGUUCAUUGUGUCGCAUUUAAUGAAGAAAUUUCCCAUGGAGCUGUAUCUGCUGUGCAUUGGUGUCAUCCAUCGCAUUCUGUGCUAUCAGAAGCGUUGUCGCGUCCGGCUCAACUAUCCGUGGAAGGAGCUGUGGUCGGCACUGAUUGGUCUAUUGCGCUUCCUGGUCAACCAGGAGCAGACGCUGGUCAAGAAGUGCAACAUCUUUCACUUGUCGCUGCAGGUGAUCAACAUAUUCAAUCUGUUCAUCACGUACGGCGACACAUUCUUGGCCACAACAAAUAGCUACGACGAGCUGUACUACGAGCUAAAUCGGGAGGAAAAAGUAUUCACCGAAAUCCAUGCCAUGGUUUUGCGGUAUACGACGAUGCCGGAGUGCGAGUUUAAAGAUGAUGUUAUUAAACUAUUGAAUGCUCUGGUUAAUAUACUCGCCAUUGUUAAACACUUCCAGAACAAGAUCAAGGAGUGGCUGGCCGAGCAGGGCCUGUCCACGCCCACGGAGGAGCAGAUCCUUGAUGUCGUUCGCAAGAAUUAUGACCUAACGCUCAAGCUGCAGGACUCGCUGGAUCAAUACGAACGUUAUGCUGAGGCGCCGUUGCACAGCAGCUUCUUUCAGGCCAUGGUCCGCGAUGUGGUCAAUGAUACACGCAAACAUAUAUACGGCUAUGUUAAGGAGGCUGUCUCCGUUAUACCAGAACAGGAGGUGCUGAUGGCAACAACUGUAGCCACAACCAUCGCCACAACAACCAGCACCAGCACCACCCCCUCAACACCGACGACUGCGCCAUCCGCGUAGGAGCCACCUGACUCCAAGACUGUUACCAUUGUUACCAAUUUAACUGGGCGUUUAGUCAUGUAAUUCUAUCCUUAACUCUCCAAUCUCUGGAAGCCGACACUCGAUGUUAAUCUAUAAGAUUAAAAGUGCUUUUGCCAGCUCUUGUUACAUUUCGUUGUCAAGCAGUGCACCUAUACCUAAAUAUACAUACAUCAUUAUAUAUAUAAAUAUAUAUGUGUGUAAAUUACAUACACAUGAAAUACAUACGCAUAUGCCUACA